ACCCCGCAAUGGGAACUGAAAAAAGAGAGAAAAAAGUUCUCUGGAUAUAAAGUCAGGCCUUCCGCAGUCUGCCGGCCCGUUCCAAAGCCCAUUUGCGGCGGUGUUUAUGCGAAACCUGCUCUGGAGCUCACCGUCUUCUGAAGAUUACCAGAAAUGGCGGCCGUUUGCCGAUCACUUCUAACGGCCGCGGGUUCGAGGUCCAUCGCCGGCCGUACCAGAACACUGACUCCUAAAACCCUAAAUCCAAUGCCUGUUUCUUCUUCUUCGUCCAGAGGCGUCCCUUCCGUUUCCAGAAUUGUUUCGUCUUUGGCUACUGUGGAGUCGCUGAUGCCACUCCACAGCGCCGUCGCUUCAGCUCGGCUGAAGUCCAAAAUUGCUGUCGACUCGCAUUGCUGGAGCUGGCUUUCUGAAGGAUUUGCAACACCUUUGUGACGUAAGAUUGGCACAGACGAAUGGAAAUCGACCAUACAGCUCGAUAACUGGUUGCUGAUAGGGGCUCUCAGUAAGAGUUGCGAGGUUUUCGCUUUUCCUACUUAUCUUUGUUAGAUACCUUUGUCACAAGGUAGAAUCAUUUGGGCUGUUCCUUUUCAUCAUUGUAUUGUUCAAUGCGGCCACAUUUUCUGGAUAUGCAGAGAGUUAUUGUUUUCAGCCUCUAACCACAAAACUUGAGAGAUAGGAUUUUUAUCAGGCAUCUCUCUGUUUCUUUAUGGUUUUAAUGUGGGGGUUUUGAGCUGACUUCUUAGAACAUUCUGCUGAGCUUGAAACUUUAAGAGUUGAGUUUAACCGAUCAUCAGAUUACCGUUUUUCAGGCA